AUCAUGCACAGCACAGCACAAAAGCCAGGCAGGCCCCUCUCCUGAUCCUCUGUGUCAGAGCCCAAAUCUCCCUUUCUCUCUCCUCCCCACCCUAUCUUCCCCGACCUUAACUCCCCCUCCCCUCUCUCUCCUGCUGCUGCUCUCGCUCUCGCCUUCCUCUCUCCUGCCUCCCACGACUCCCUCUCCUGCCUUUUAAGCAACGCGCCCGCCUCCCCCGGAGUUCUCUCUCUUGAUCCUCCAGCCUUCUCCCGCUCCGUCUCCUGCUGAUCCGCGCCGUUUCAUGGCACGGAAGAGAACGGCGCGCCCACCACCGCCUCCGCCGCCAAACCCUAACCCUAACCGCCGCGCCGUGGCCAGCAGCGCCGCCGCCGCCCCGGACCCGGCGUCGGGCUCGGCAUCGCCGUCCAAGCGCAUGCUGGCCUUCCACUUCCUCCGCGCGCUGGCCCGGAUCCACAGCGCCACCCCCGUGCCGCGCCGCACGCGCAACAUCCGCCGCGCGGCCUACUCGUCCAUGGCGCGCGCCGCCAACCCGCGCCGCGCGUGGACGCAGGCGCUGCUCCGCCAGGUGCGCGUGUGCAGGGCGAUGAGGUCGAGGCGCGCGGUCCUGCUGCGGAGGCGCGUCUCCGGCGCGCCACCAGCUGCAUCGCCAGCGCCUCCACUCGGCGCCGCCAGGAGCACCGUCUCUGCCGCCGCCGGAGGGACGUCGGCGGCGGCGGCGGCUUUGCCCAGGGGCGGGCCGCCUCCGCGGCAGGCGGGGGAGCCGGCGAGGGCCGACGCGCUCCGGCGGCUGGUCCCCGGCGGCAGCGAGAUGGAGUACUGCAGCCUCCUCGACGAGACCGCCGACUACCUGCGAUGCCUCCGCGCGCAGGUGCAGCUCAUGCAGAACCUCGUCGACCUCUUCUCCGGCCAAUGAUCGAACCAGUAAUUAAUUAAUACCGCAUGGUUAAUUAAUUCUUGUUCUUGCACCGCCGAUCAUAUGCUUCUGCUGCCCCUGCUGCCGCUGUUUGUAUCUAGAUCAUCGCAUAUCUCUUGUUCAUGUCACACAUGAGAUCGAUGCAUGAUUAAGAUAUAGGAGAUUGUUGAGGAGAGAGAUUAUUGUUGGUACAUAUGUUUAGUUGGUAAGGUUAUUAGUAGGUGUAUAGGUUGGGAACACAUGGGAGAUUGGAGAGGGAGAUUGAGGUAAUUAAUUGUAACAUAUAUAGAGAGAAUUGAAGCAUGGAGAUCACAUACAUAUAAGCUAGUGCAGUACUCGUUGUUGGGUAAGAUGAUUGGUAUGCAUAUAUGUUCGUGAAUUGUGGAACCAUGUCGUGUAUCUUUUGUAGCUAGCUACACAUGUAGGUAGCUGUUAUAUACACACACGCACUUUUCCGCCUGUCAAUUUUUCACUUUUAUGUAGGUCUAUCUGAAUGAGGAAGAAGGUAAUUACAUACUCAUAGCAUGGCAUGGACCUUUACCAUCAGUGGUUGCAUGAAUGCAUGAUGCAUGCAUAUUGCUGCGCGACUCUCUCUUUUUCCCUAAGCUAGAUGGCUGAUUGAGUUAGCUGUAUUAGCCCUUGUUUUUCUGUAGUAUAUAGCUGCUGCACAUGUGUAUGUAUUUCUCUCUCUUUCCCUCCCUUUCUCGCCCAUUCAUAGGCCUGGGAGAGAGAACUAGCUAGAUGAUGCUCUAGCUAGUUGUUGCCUUGUGUAAUUGGAGUGCUAGGAUGGUGGUUAUGUUCAAUUGGUUUGGUGGAGCGUUCCCUUUCUGCUCUCAAAUUUGGGAAAGUGGGAUCCACAGAGUCUAUGAGGGAUAGGGCUGCUGAACUUUGAGCUUGAGAAGACAUAUGACUUGUAGCCAAAGGAACCAAAAGACAUUCUCUCUACAGGCAGUUAGCAUCUUUUGAUUAAAGGGCCUAGGUCCCUUUUGUUUUUUCCUUGGGAAAUACAUAUUUUUUCCCCUCC